AUGAACACCAUCGGAUUCAAAAUGUUCAGUUAUUCAGUGAUCAGUUUCGUGGUCCUUUGGGCCAGUCUGUCGUCGGCCAGCCUUUCGACCAGCGAAUUACUGGAAUGUCGAGCGAAUUUGACGGCGGCGAUCAAAAACGAUACGAUGUUCCUGGAGAAGGUGCGCCAGUCCGACUACAUCUUUACAGGGAAGGUCAAGGAGCUACAGCACGGACAGCUGCUGCACGUGCGCGUCAAGAGGGCGAUCAAGGGUGCGCUGAACGUCACCGUCGACCUCGCGGUGAACGAUACCUGCGGCCGUUACAUCAGGCGCAGUUACACCGGCAUCUUCAUGGCGCGUCGCGGUGCCAACGACGUUGGCAGGAUCGUGAUGCACUUCGGCCCGGUACCGCUUACGCUCGCCAACCUCGACAGGCUGAACGCUGCCGUCAGAGGAUUCUCGAUAGUGAAAGCGAACACCUAUAUUCUAUGUCGACCGCUACCUAGUUCGGUAUUAAUAACUGACGAUUUCGAAUUCAUAAUCAUUUUUUGCGGUUGGCAAGGAUCGACCCUGGGUGGCGGUGCCUUCUUCGUAGGAAUGGUCAUUAAUUAUUAUGCCCGACAGUGUGGAGGGGAGGCGCGAGAGUCGAAGUGGGCGAGGACGGUGCAGGAAGGUUGA